UUGUGCAUGUUGUAAUGCUCUACCAGAUGAUUUAGUUCUAAUCUGCGAGUUAAAGUCGUUACUCCUCAGUAACAGUAGUAAAACAUCGAAUUGAAGUCCCAAAGAACAAAAUGAGUGGAGAAGUCCAAAAAAUAUUGAAAAAUGCGGAUUGUGUCUGCUUUGACGUCGAUUCAACAGUAAUUCAAGAAGAAGGGAUCGAUGAACUCGCCAAGUUUUGUAAUAAGGGCGCUGAAGUUGCAAAUUUAACGACUAAAGCAAUGACAGGAACAAUGACCUUUCAAGAAUCACUUAAAAUGCGCCUGGAUAUUAUACAACCAACAUUGACUCAAAUCCGGGAUUUUUUGAAAACCAGACCACCAACUUUGACUCCGGGAGUCAAGAAUUUGAUAAACUUGCUGCACAGUCGUAAAAUUCCUGUUUAUUUAAUUUCUGGAGGUUUUAAAUGUAUUAUUGCGCCAAUUGCGGCACAGUUAAAUAUUCCUUAUGACCACAUUUAUGCCAAUAAGCUGAAAUUUUAUUAUACAGGAGAACAUGCCGGUUUUGAUGAAAAUGCACCAACUUCAAGAAGUGGUGGCAAAGCGGUUGUCAUUGAUUUAUUAAAAAAACAACACAAUUACAAAAAUGUAAUACUGAUCGGUGAUGGGGCUACUGAUUUAGAAGCGUCUCCUCCAGCUGAUGGUUUUAUUGGGUAUGGCGGAAAUGUCAUAAGACCAACCGUCCAAGCAAAAGCAAAGUGGUUUGUAACCGAUUUUAAUGAAGUGAUAGACGUUUUAAAUCAAUAAUUGUAAAGAAAACUUUGAAAGUGCCGCUAAAGGUCACUGCCACCUGUUACAUUACGCAAUAAAAAUUCCCUAACACA